GCUUUCCAGCAAAAUCCCAACAUACGAUAGUCUGGAUGCAAAGAGAUACCCGUGGACGUUGUCUCAAGUCUUCCAGAGCAGGAGAGCAGCUAAUGUCAGCUCACUGGAUCUGUGGCCAUCUAUCGUGCUCGAUAUCGUGUAGGAUCUCAAUGAUCCUUUGUCUUCUAUUUACUACCCAAUUUUCAUGCUUGGAAUCCAUCUUGAAAGGUCACGGAACACACCCCUCACCGUAUGGAUUCGCAGUACCAUCGAAGUUACAGACGAUCCCUUUCUCUCCCUCAUUUCCACCACGCUUUCUCUAUCAAAAAUCUAUUCGUUUUAUGCAGUCGUCUUUGUUCCAUGCAUGGUCUUUCCUGCGGUCGGAGGAGUUGGAAUAGGCUCCGUCAUCUGAAAGUCAAAUCAGCUGAUGCCACUGGUGAGCCUACGUCGCAGAUAUAUGAUGCGUUUGGCUAUGCACCGAAUUUUCAAGUCCUCGAUGAGGAGAUGCCGCAACCGAUGGUCAUUCCCUUAAUCUCCUGGAUCCAUCUUACCCACUUACUGUUUCCAGUGCAGGACCUUGAUCUUCUUCGACAAGCGAAGCGUAUCAAGAGUCUCGAAAUUAACGACAUGGGAACCAUCUCGCUGCCCCAUCUCACUUCCAUGACACUCAGGAGAAACAGCGCGACUAUGGUAUUUUCUACACUGCUCGACUUCCUUUUUUCCCGAGUAAGACUCUGGAUUCCUUGGGACGGCCUUGGAGGUCUGCCCCCGCUGGUCUAGCAAGGUCGAGCCUGUCGUUCAACGCCAAAGUAGGGAACGUCCCCGCUAACCAGCCACGCGAAGGAUGAUGGAGAGAGAGUUCGAUGAUGGAGAAAGAGUUCGAUGCAGCCCUGAAAGGACAAGUUUUCGUGGAUGAUAACGAAGAAACAUGGCAUUAUAGUGGUCCAUGUCAACGAAGCCAUUAGGAAUUGUCCCAACUUUAUCUCUCUACGAGUUUUUCCAUCCGA